AGAAAACUUAUAAUUUGAUUCAUUGAUGAAAAAUUCCAUAUGGUGUUUAUAUAAUUUUUGUAUUUUUGGUUGCGAUUCUUGUGAAAUCUAGACUCAUAGGAUUUAUUUUUCAUUCGUCUGCUUUUGUAACAAAAAAAAAAUAAUUUUUCCUAUAAUUAUUGGUAAUCUUUUUUGUUUAUUUAAGUGUGUGGCAAAUAUUCUCUCGGCCUCUGCCGAGUUGAGAUAUUUUUGUGUAUUAAAGCACCUGUUUGAUAUGCUGAAAUCGUGAAAUCUAUUAUCUUUAUUAUUUUUUUUAUAAUUAUAAAUAAAAAAAAUAAUUGGAGCACAAUGGCAUCAAAGGCAAAAAUGGGACCUCAGGAUAUGCCUCCUAAAGGAGGUUAUGGUCCCAUUCAAAUUGAACGAAUUAAACUACGAUCAAUUAUUUCAGCUCCAGCAACUAUCGCUGCAUUUGUUGCCAGUCAAUUUAUUGGAUUUUAUAUAUAUGGAUUAACUGUGAAACAAGUUGAUAGAGAAGAUAUUGAAAUGCGAAGUGCAAGAUUUGCCAUGCUUCCAAUGCUUAUGGCUGAGAGAGAUAGAGCUUUUUUGAAACAAGUGAGAAAGAAUCGUGACGAGGAAAGGGAAUUAAUGAAAAAUGAUCCUGAUUGGGAUGUUGGUACUUAUUACAAUGAACCAAUUUACAUUACUCGUCCAGAGGGAGAAUUUACUGAGCCAACAUUCCAGGAAUUUUAUGCUCAUGCAUCUUGGACUGAAUCAAUGGCUCGUCGAAUGUUACGUCGUCAUAUGUGCUAAGUCAAUAUUACGAUUGUUAUAUAAAUUAAACAACAUUGUAGUAUGAAAUAUUGUAAAAGCAAAUAAAAAAAAAAAAAAGAAAUAAUGAGACUUGUAUAUGAAAAAUUAAAUUUAAAUAAAUAAUAAUAAUAAUAACAAAAUAA